AUGGAUGGAGUCGAAUCACAAAUGCGCUUUAAUUCCUUCGGAUCGGCGUAUUUUAUGACAUCGGCGUCUGAAUACACUAGGAAUUCUCAUGAAGCAUUAAAUUCUUAUGGUUUAUCAAUGGCAAGAAUGCUUCGUUCAAGAAAUGUGGAAGCAGAAGUAGAGGAAGAAGACAGAAGUGGCAGAAAUUCUGAUGUCUCUUCAAAUUCUAAUACUCCAACAUCUCGUCUACUUCGGUCUUCUGUUAGAAAAUCAAGGAAUAUUUCAAAUGACAGUCGAGUAGUAGGGAUUACAGAAGAACAGCGUUGGGCGUCGUAUGAAUCGCAAGCAAAUACCAAUAAUCCAACUGAUAUCGACGAUGUAACCAUCGAAGAUGACCGAAUAAACCCAUCGCUUAAUUCAUCAUCUACAAGAACAAGAAGGUCUCGCAGAUCUGAACGAUUAUUGUCUAUGGAGCAAACAAAAUCCCACACAGAUGGCGGUCGUGGUGGUUUAAAGCUUUCGUCGGCGAAUUCCUCCUAUGUCUACACGUAUCGAUCGCAGGCAACCUUGGAACAGGCGGUUUUACCCUUGCAGGCUACAAAUCAAACAUACAAUAGUAGUGGUGGAUAUGGGUCAGAAACAAUUAAUUAUGGUUCUUGGAUCAAGAGUAUUCAGGCUUUGUGGAAAAAGUUGGUGAGAAACGAUACGCCGCAAGUGAAUCCGAUUACUGCUGCUGCUUCCGCCGCUACUACGCAUUCCAGAUUACAGUCUGAUGGUGAAAGGGAUCGUUCUAAAGUGUGGUUGACACGUCAUAUGUUUGGCUUGGAAAGGGAGACUGUGCGACAGGAGCAUCAUCAUUUGAGAGACACAGACUAUCAUUUUGUGUCUAGUGAUGCAGAAGAAGACGGCGACGACUAUAACAUCAAUGCAACUAAAAAUGUCCCGACUUGGAUUCAACCUCAUCUAUCUUCCAAAUAUUUGUCUAAGCCAAAUUCAGUGCGUAGGGAUUCUACUGUGCGCAGAUAUGCUGUACACAUAAUGAACAGUCUUCGGAAUCUUACUAUUCAAAUAUUGGCUUUCAUAAUGGUUUGUAUUUAUGCUGUUGGAAACAUAUUUAUGCAUAUUAUCAGCUGUCUACCACGGGUAUAUCGUUGGAUACUAACGAAGUUCAGUUCUUCAUCAAAUGAUGUGAACAACAGUUCAUCAGCGACUGUAUCUUCUAAUGCAGAGGCAACAUGGUAUCCUAGCUCGUUAGGAUUUAGAAGUACCCAUAAACCGAAUUUGUCGUCGUUCACAGUUCCAGAUGAUCCGUAUGCUGAAAGACAACGAAAUGAUAAUGGGAAUACAUGCCUACACUGGCUAUUGCCAGUAAUAUUUAUUCUAUUACCCUUGUUGCUAAUCUUGAGUAUGCUGUUCUCCCCAAUUGAUGGAAUCGCAAAUAAUUCCACUCUCGGAAUACUUCCAGUUUUCUCUGAUGCCAAUUGUACAUCCGAGCUUUCUGAACCUAGACCUAAUGUUAACCAUCUUUGGAGUUUAUUCACGUGGAGAGCACGUUGUCUGUACACCCGUUACUUUCUUUCAUCUGAGUUAGAUGAUGAUGUCUCUACGGAUGGAAUAGGUUGGUUACAAUGGAUGUCAUUUUCUACGCCAAGUAAAUCUGAUGACCGCACACCGAUGAGUACAGAUUUUGGAAAAGUCAAUUUCAACGAAGUGGCGGCGAAAGAACUCAUGGAACGGUUCACUGCCUUCUCACAAUCAGUUAACAAACGUUUAGAUGAACUAUCACAAACAGUAAAAGCGAAUGCAUAUGAAGUUGUCAAUUUAAGACAAGAAUCCUUUACGAAAUCUAAUGUGCUUGAUUUACAAAUUAAUGAAAUGCGAAAUGCCUUUAAUCAGCAUUUAAAUGAUUGGCGUCAAUUUUAUGGAAGAUAUGAACAGGUGCAUAGUGAGGACAACAGCAAGAGCAACAACGAUGAUAAGAAGACGAUGUCUGAUGUUAUUCAUCACACUGAAUUAUUAUUUCUUCAAGAAAGAGAACGUCUCCUGCAGACUAUCAAUGAAGCAGUCAAUCAUACAAUUGAAGAACAUUGGAAUGCUCUGAGGCGCGAAAUUAUUCAAGAUCGUUUGCAUUCUAACAAUAUCAGCUUGAAUAAUAUGUCAAUGUUUUUGAACAGUUUACACGAUCAGCUGCAUUUCCGUAGUAGGCAAGCUCAGUCUGAGUCACAGAAAUUACGCCAACUGUUGAUGCGGUUAAAUGCCGAUCGAUCACAAAAGUUUGCCAACCUUGAAGGUAGUUUACUUCAACUCCAGACUACUGUGGAUUUAUUGACACUUCGUCUAUCUGAUCUAGAAAGAUUAAGCCAGGAAAGCAAAUCCACUUUAAUGUAUAUCGAAGGAGAAUUGAAAAAGUGCUCUGGGAGUGAAGCAUUAGUCAACCAGUGUCAUGAAGAUGUUAUCAAGCAUGUGAAUACGGUUAUUGAAAAUCUCUCGCGUUCACUGUCAGUGCGUAGUAGAGAAACCUUCCAACAGACUGUAAUCAAUGAAUUGAAACACACGGAUGCUGGUAUGGAUUCAUUUCUAAUGAAGUAUAUAAGGCAGGCAGUUUCUAAUCUGACCAAGGAAUCGGUCAAUAAAUUGAUUCAUGAUCACAAGACUGAGUGGCUGCCGAAUUCACUUGGAAAUGAAAUCAACUUUGCCAAAAUGAUCGAUGAUGCACUUCAUAGAUUUGCUGCAGACAGGAUCGGUCUUCCAGACUAUGCCUUGGAAUCUGCGGGAGGCUCUAUUGUAGGCGUUCGAUGCACAAAGACGUAUACCGAACGUGCAUCACUGUUGAGCAUUUUCGGGUUGCCAUUGGUUCGUCUUAGUAAUUCUCCUAGAACAAUUAUACAACCGGGAGAUAAUAAUCCCGGUAACUGUUGGCCAUUCUAUGGAAGUAAAGGUUAUGUAAUAAUUCGUCUGUCACUUCCAAUAAAUAUCACUUCUGUGACAUUAGAGCAUUUAGCAAAAGAACUUUCACCAACUGGGAGAUUGGACUCAGCGCCGAAGGAAUUCCUUGUAAAAGCUUUGGAAUCCGAAAACGAUGAAAACGGAGUGAUUUUGGGAAAAUUUAUGUAUGAUGUGAACGACAAGCCUUUGCAAACUUUCCGCGUCAAAGAAUAUUCUAAACCUGUCCAGUUUAUUGAACUUGUUAUACUCAGUAAUCAUGGAAACCCGGAAUAUACCUGCAUUUAUCGAUUUCGUGUACAUGGCAACGUGGUUACCUGAUCGAUGGAAUAAAAAACGUCAGCGAUUCUUUGUAAAUAAUAAAAUAAUACGCGCCUCUUCUGUUUCUGUGUGCUGAAAUAUUUUCACAUGUAUCUCGUUUCACCAAGUAUCUCGCUUAUUCUUUUCACAAUCAAUCACAACUCUCAUUCUGCUGUUGUUGCGAAAUAUCCUGUCUCCAACUGUAUGUAUAUAUAAAUCUAACUGUUACAUAUUCACAAACACCAUCUUACCAUCAUCAUCGCCAUCUUCGUCGACUUUGUUUUAUAUAUUUACCAAUUUCAUUGUCUACAACAUGCAUGCAUAUAAAUUGUUCCCAAAUGUGCACUAGUUAAACCCCAAUGCCAUUUAACAAAUAAAUCAUUUGUAGAAAAAGUAGUGUAGUUAGUUAUCUUAUGCAACAUUUAUUUGA